AUGUCUAAAUUAAACAACAGACAGAUUAUUCUUACAAAUCUCAAGCACAAAAUUCUUGAAAGACUACUUGCUUGUCAAUUGCUCAUGGUGUCACAACCCAACCCCAUUUUUAACAUUGUCACCAAUAUCCCUGAGAUUGCAAUGUAUCAGAUCAUAUCUAGUCAAAGAUAUCUGUCAGCAAGAAGCAUGAUUCCUCGGGCUCUCUAUCAUAUUGACUGGCUGAUGAAUAAGCUGGACAAUGACAGAUUCAGACAAGAACUUCGGGUGAACAAAGAUUCAUUCUGUGCCAUACUUGCUAUGAUUCAGGGUCACUGGGUGUUCAGAAGCAAUUCUUCCAAAAAGCAAACAGAACCAGGAAUUCAGAUAAUGGUAGCAUUGGAAAGACUGGGUAUGUAUAGUACUAGUGCCUUCAUAGGAUGGAUUGCAAGAUUGAUGUCUAUCUCUGAAGGAUCAGUCAACAACUUCAGCUGGAGAUUCAUUUUUGCAAUCAUGUCAAUAGAAAAAGAGUAUGUCAUCUGGCUGGAUGUUCAAGAAAGAAAAAUAAUCAGCAAUAGAAUUAAGUAG